AUUUGUUUAAACAGCUUUUGCGAAAAGUUUCAUUAAACAAACAAAUAGUUGCAAUGAAAUUGUCGCUACUGUUAGUGGCAGUGGGAGUGUUGGGAGCGCAGGCCGACUGGCAAUUGGUGUGGAAAGAUGAGUUUGACGGCACCCAACUCAACGACAACGAGUGGAACUACGAGGUCGGCGGCAGCGGUUGGGGCAACAACGAGCUCGAGUACUACACGUCGCACAACGGCAACAACGCGCGCGUAGACAACGGCCAUCUGACCAUCAAUGCCAAAGUGACUGCUGAGGGCGGAAGACAGUUCACCUCCGCUCGACUCACAUCCAAACAGUCGUGGACUUACGGCAAGUUCGAGGCGCGCGCCAAACUGCCCAAAGGCAAACACUUGUGGCCCGCCAUAUGGAUGAUGCCCAAAGACAGUGUCUAUGGCGGAUGGGCGGCGAGCGGUGAGAUCGACAUAAUGGAAGCCAGAGGAGAGAGGCCGUCAAUUGUGCAAGGUACCAUUCACCAUGGUGGCGCCUGGCCCAAUAAUGUUUAUCACGGCUCUGGUGAGCACGACUUCGGCCGAGACUUUACCGCCGACUUCCACACCUUUACGCUGGAGUGGAAUAACAAUCAGAUCAUGUGGUCAGUCGACGGCCAGAUAUAUCACACCGAGAAUAUCAAUAAGAAUAUGUGGUCGGGAAAGGGCCCGAACCCAUACAACCACAAUGUGGCCCCAUUUGAUCAGCGAUUCUUCUGGAUCCUCAACGUCGCCGUCUCCGGCAACUUCUUCCCGGCCAACAUCUAUGGCCCGCCCGUCACUCCCGAUGAGGCCCGACAAUGGGCUAAGCCUACAAUGGAGAUCGACUAUCUCCGCGUUUACCAAUGGAAGUAAACCAUUUGCGCUCACAUUCAUUGUUAAUGCACUUAUUUUAUUGUUAAAUAAAUUUAAUUUCAAUUUAA